UGUAUUAUGUAGUCAAAAAUAAGUUUUUAUUAAUAAAUGCCAACAGAAUCAGAGCAUUGGACACAACAAAGAAGAGAUAAGCAGUUCAGUUAAUUAAAUAGAUAAAAAAAAGUGAAAUAAAAUACUUUGAAGUAGGUUAAGCAAAUGCACAAUUCGAAAGCUCAGUGAUAAAAUAGAGGCCGAAACGUUGAGUAAAUAUGUUCGACUUGGCAGGCAAACACAUCUGCUAUGUGGCCGACUGUGGAGGCAUCUCGCUGGAGGCCUGCAAAGUGCUGAUGAGCAAGAAUAUUGCAAAACUGGCCAUCCUGCACAGCGUGGAGAACCCGCAGGCCAUUGCCCAGUUGCAAUCGAUCAAGCACAGCACACAGAUCUUCUUCUGGACCUAUGAUGUUACAAUGGCGCGGGAGGACAUGAAGCAGUACUUCGACGAGGUCAUGGUCCAAAUGGACUACAUCGAUGUGCUCAUCAAUGGGGCGACCCUCUGCGACGAGCAGGACAUUGAUGCCACGAUCAGCACAAACCUGACAGGCAUGAUGAACACUUGUGCCACGGUGCUGCCCUACAUGGACAAGCAGCAGUUGGGCAAGGGCGGAGUGAUUGUGAAUAUGACCUCGGUUGUCGGGCUGGAUCCCUCGCCCGUUUUCUGUGCCUACAGCGCAUCCAAAUUCGGCGUGAUUGGCUUCACCAGAAGUCUAGCGGACCCUUUGUACUACUCCCAAAACGGAGUCGCUGUGAUGGCCGUGUGCUGUGGGCCCACCAAGCUUUUCGUAGAUCGGGAGCUCACUGCCUUUCUCAGCUAUGGCCAGUCCUUCGCCGAUCGUCUGCGCACGGCUCCUUGCCAAUCGCCGACUGUCUGUGCCAAGAACAUUGUCAAGGCCAUCGAGUGCGGCGACAAUGGACAGAUUUGGAUAGCGGACAAGGGGGGCCUUGAGCUGGUCAAGCUGCAUUGGUAUUGGCACAUGGCCGAUCAGUUGCUCCACUACAUGCAGCGGCCCAACGAGGACGAGGAUGAAAAUGAUUAGACAUACAGAUCAACAGAUAAAUACCACUUAAGAACAAAGAUAGAAAGACGCUUGACGAUGUGCGACUUAAGCAGACAUUCACUACAACAGUUAUUUAUAAAUAGUUUUUGUUUUAAUUGCAACA